CGCAGAGUGAAGCUGCUUCUUCUAUCUUCAAAACAACAUGCUUCACUCAGAGGAGGAGAUCAUGUGCUGUAGUUAAAGGACAGACAGUAAGAUGAUGCUUCUGUGGCUGUUUUCUGCCUUUUCUCUGGUGUUUUUGACCCCAGUGUGUGACGCAGUGUGUUCAGCUCAGGAGUUCAGCUGCUCUCAGGAUCUGUGUGUGUCCGAGGGAAGUGUGUGUGACUUCACUGACGACUGUGGAGAUUACAGCGAUGAGGAAAACUGCUCUGGAUAUAAGAGGUGUGGUUUUGAAGAUGGAUUCUGUGACUUGAUGCAGAGCUCAGAGUCCAGAUGGAUCAGAACUACCGAGGCUCCUGGACUCAAACACGACCACUCAAACACAUCAGCUCACUUCCUGUCCCUUUCACCUGGAACCAGAACCUCUGCAGACCUGAUCAGUCCUUUCUUCCUGCCCACUGAAACCUGCCAGCUGAGAGACCCUCAAAUAACAUCUGUUUGAACAUUAAAGCACAGGAGAAAUGUUACUUUAGUGGGAAUGCUGACACAGCAUUCCCACUAAAGAACGAGA